AUGCCCGCAACAUCGGCAUCUCACGUCGCUAUCAUCGGCGCAGGAAUCAGCGGAGUCGUCACGGCAGCACACCUGAAGAAAGCUGGUGUGAAUGUCACUGUUUUCGAACGGAUCGGUAAACCUGGAGGCGUCUGGGUCUACGAUGAACGUCAGCCUCUGGAGCCGGACUAUCCCUCCAUCAACGCUUCCGUCGCCUCCGAUAUCCCCAAAACGCAGUGGCGGACAGUGCAGCAGGCUCAUGACGAGAGCCAGAUUAGCGACCUGGCUGCAGCACCACCAGGGCCAUGUUACCGCGACUUGGCGACAAACGUCCACAGGGACAUGAUGCAAACCACUCUUCUUCCAUUCCCUGAUGGCACAGGUGAUUACAGCAACCACUCUGUCAUGGCUGCAUACAUCAGUGAAAUCGUCAAAGUAGCAGGUAUUGAGGAGUCAAUUCGGUAUAGGACGCUGGUGGAAAACGCAAGCAAACAAGACGGCAAGUGGAAAGUGACAGCACGAGACUUGACGAACCAGGAACAUGGAAGAGAAACCCUCGAUUUCGAUGCAGUAGUGGUAGCCAACGGCCACUACCAUGCACCCAGAGUUCCCGACAUCCCAGGCCUCAUCGAGUGGAAAACACGCUAUCCCACCAGGGUCCAGCAUUCAAAGUCUUACCGCGUUCCUGAGGCGUUCAAGGGGAAGAACGUGCUCCUGAUCGGAUCGGGGACGUCGUCUACGGACAUUGCGAAGGAAAUCUCGCCGCACGCAAAGAGCAUCUGGCAAACAUCCAGGGGAGGCGACUUCGACUUUCCAGCGACAGUGCUGCCGGCAAAUGCCAAACGCAUUGGUGACGUCGCGUCAUUUGAUCUCCCUGCAGCGGAUGCCGACGUCCUUUCGGGGUCGGACUCGGGGUCGGAUGCAGGAAGCUCAUCAGGAUCAGACGCCUCAGAGCCCAGCGGGGCGAUCCCAGGCACCAUCACCCUGAAGUCCGGGCACAAGCUGUGCGACAUCGACCAUGUGAUUCUUGCAACAGGAUACCACGUCACCCUUCCUUUCUUGCGAUCUCUCCACCGGGACGACCUCCGACCGGACGAGGUAGACGACAAGGCCAUCGUCACCGACGGGUCGCAGUACCACAACCUGCACAAGGACAUCUGGUACAUUCCCGACCCGAGCCUGAUCUUCAUUGGAGUGCCGUACUUCACAGCAACCUAUUCGCUGUUUGAGUUCCAGGCCAAGUUCGUUGCCGCAGUGCUUUCGGGCGGGGCUACUCUGCCAAGCGAAGAGGAAAUGAGGACCGAGUACGACGAGAGGGUGAAGGCCAAGGGCUUUGGCAAGAAGUUCAACUCGCUCAAGUUUGUAGAGGUCGAGUACGUCAACGAGAUACUCGGCUGGGUCAACAAGGACCUGGCGGAGCGCGGUAGAGCGCCUAUCCCUCCGCACACGCCCGAGUUUGUGGCUGCAAAGGAAGGCGUAUACGAGAGAAUCAAGAGCCUGCUGGGCGGGGGGCGAGGCUCGCAGCCGGCACCUCAGGUACCUGACGAGUGGUUCCCGGCAUGUUAG